AAAGCCCGUGAGGGAAAUCGCCGCUCAGGAGCUGCCCCCACAACCUGCCGUUUUUACAAGGAGCUGGAUGCCAUACUUGGGUGUGACCCCACUGCCAAUCCGAGGACCACGAUGGAGAGUUCAGAGCAGGGAGAAGUGGGGGAGGGUGUAGAGGAAGGCGACAGUGAGGCUACUGGCGUGGAGGGAGACACCCCGGAGUCCCAGGAGGCAUGCAGCCAGGAGCUUUUCUCAAGCCAGGAGGAGGCUAGCCAGUCGCAGCAGCAGGAAGUUGCUGGUGAGGAAGAAACUGAGGAGCGUGCUCGGGUGACCUUGACUAAUGCAGCCGGAUCACCGGCCUCACGUCGCUUGCAGAACUUGAGAAGAAAUCCCAGAAAAUCAAAAGAAGAAUUGAUCAAAGCAGUUAUGAAUCACUACAACAGAGAAAGUAGGAAGACACAGGAAUGGAGAGAGAAAAUGUAUGAAUGGAGAGAGAAAAUGUAUGACUGGAGGCAAACAGAAAGCAGGAGAAAGGAAUUGGCUAUCAAAAAAACCUCAAGGCAGAUGAUAAGCCUCCUGGCUCGCCAAACUGAGUCUUUCGAGUCUCUCGUAGCCAUGCAGGCAGAUAUGUACCGUGGUAACCCACAGCCCUCCCAAAGCUCUCUUUCUUGUUCCCCAGUAUUUGCACAAAACACCUUUCUCCAGCAGCCAGUUUCUUAUUACCCCCAGCUGCCCCCAACACCUGUACGAUCACCUACCAGCCCUGAUAACUAUAAUUCUUACCCUGUGCACUCCACCCCCAUUACGCUGCAGCAUAGUAAUCCUGAAAUGCAGCAGACAUUGAACAGUAAUCCAAACAGGACAUAUUCAAACCUCUGAAUGUACGGUCCACCACCCUAACCCCCCUGGCCUUUUAUGUACUGUAUUUUGAAUAAAGGAUUUUAUGGCUU